GACCCCUGUGGGGCAGAUCAACACUCAAGGCAGGUGCAGAAUCAACAACCUGUGACAAAGCCAGCCAUUCCUGCCAGGAAGCAUGGGGGAUGAGCUGGCACCUUGCCCUGUGGGCACUACAGCUUGGCCGGCCCUGAUCCAGCUCAUCAGCAAGACACCCUGCAUGCCCCAAGCAGCCAGCAACACUUCCUUGGGCCUGGGGGACCUCAGGGUGCCCAGCUCCAUGCUGUACUGGCUUUUCCUUCCCUCGAGCCUGCUGGCUGCAGCCACACUGGCUGUCAGCCCCUUGUUGCUAGCGACCAUCCUGCGGAACCAACGGCUGCGACAGGAGCCCCACUACCUGCUCCUGGCUAACAUCCUGCUCUCAGACCUGGCCUACAUUCUCCUCCACAUGCUCAUCUCCUCCAGCAGUCUGGGUGGCUGGGAGCUGGGCCGCAUGGCCUGUGGCAUUCUCACUGAUGCUGUCUUCGCCGCCUGCACCAGCACCAUCCUGUCCUUCACGGCCAUUGUGCUGCACACCUACCUGGCAGUCAUCCAUCCUCUGCGCUACCUCUCCUUCAUGUCCCAUGGGGCUGCCUGGAAGGCAGUGGCCCUCAUCUGGCUGGUGGCCUGCUGCUUCCCCACAUUCCUUAUUUGGCUCAGCAAGUGGCAGGAUGCCCAGCUGGAGGAGCAAGGAGCUUCAUGCAUCCUACCACCGAGCAUGAGCACCCAGCCGGGAUGUGGCCUCCUGGUCAUUGUUACCUACACCUCCAUUCUGUGCGUUCUGUUCCUCUGCACAGCUCUCAUUGCCUACUGUUUCUGGAGGAUCUAUGCAGAGGCCAAGACUUCAGGCAUCUGGGGGCAGGGCUAUUCCCGGGCCAGGGGCACCCUGCUGAUCCACUCAGUGCUGAUCACAUUGUACGUGAGCACAGGGGUGGUGUUCUCCCUGGACAUGGUGCUGACCAGGUACCACCACAUUGACUCUGGGACUCACACAUGGCUCCUGGCAGCUAACAGUGAGGUACUCAUGAUGCUUCCCCGUGCCAUGCUCCCAUAUCUGUACCUGCUCCGCUACCGGCAGCUGUUGGGCAUGGUCCGGGGCCACCUCCCAUCCAGGAGGCACCAGGCCAUCUUUACCAUUUCCUAGAGUUCUUGAGUCCACAGACUGGCAAACUGAGGUUAACAAUCUAUGUUGAAUGCAGCAGUGUCCAAUUAUGACUAACUUCUUAGAACAGCACAAUAUAAUAGUGGAACUGGGCCUUUCAGAGGACCUCAACUGAUGAUUUU